AUCUAUUAUCCUGUGUACGUGUGUAUUCCUCGAAAAUGGCAUUUUCUUCAGACCUUAGAAUACAAGUAGCAAUAAAUAAUCACUGAACUGGCUAUAUUUUGUCCAAUCUGGUGGCUUAAAGAUGUCUAACCAUGAUCAACAUUUCGACAGUGGUGGAGCUGGGGCAAGCGACAGGCGGCAGUCUACCUUCCCGGGAGGAGGAGGCAGACUGCGCACACAGCGGAAGAGUGUGGUUGGUGCAUUGCAGGCUGAAACUCUGAAAGAAAAACAGGCACGAGCCAGAGAGGCUAGAGAAAUGCGCAGAACCAGGAUAUCUUCCACUCACAAAUAUUUGCUUGACAUCGUAGCUAGUUACCUUGAUAUGGAUCUAGCUUCUGUGGAGGAAUUCAUCUUGGAUUCUUCUGAGCAAGUAAACCUAAUGGAUGGUUUCCUUGAAGCUGAUGGUUCCAAGGGCCUGAUGUUCUUUCUACAAGAUUCUGAUCCUCCUGGGCAUGAAUCUGGACGUAUCGUAUCGAUACCUAAGGGAUCCAAGAUGCAGCGCCUGUUCAUCACCAGUGGCAGAGAGGAAGGUCUCACCGGGAAAUGCAUGUACUUUCUGCGCACAACUACGCAAGCACUCACAAUCAAGAAUGUCCAUGACGAAGUCAACUUUGGGGCACUGGACACCAAACAGGCAGGGAAACUGACUGUCCUUCCUGCUGCUAAAGAAGCCCUAAACACUGUCUUCAGACCAGCCCUGAAUGCACUCGAAAGCUGGGGAGACCUCAGUGAAACACCACAUGGAAAGAAGACCAAGAAAAACUUCUGUGACUCCUAUGAGAACUUCAUACACUUUCUAGAUGGUGCCCAAAUUGAUGUUACUGGAGCAGUCAAGCUGUGUCCUGGUGAAGAAGUUGAGAUAGACCAUAUCCAAACAGCUGCCGAUUGCAUGGGAGCUUCCACUAAUCCAGAGAUAGUGGAAGCAUUUGAGAAUCUAGUUCAUGCAUGGUGCAAAGAGAUUGAACAGGUGAUAGCUGAGAGUGAACAGAUGCGGAAGGAGGCAGAUGAUACUGGUCCGUUAGCUGAGCUAGAGCACUGGCGAUUCCUGAUGUCUCGCUUCCAUUCCAUCUUGGAUCAGGUCAAGAGCCACCAUUGUAGGACUGUCAUUAAGGUUCUCCAUGCUGCCAAGAGCAAGACUCUCAAGCAAUGGCGAGAACUUGACUGUCGCAUUACUGAUGCAGCUAAUGAAGCCAAGGACAAUGUGAAGUAUCUCUACACCCUAGAGAAGUUCUGUGAGCCCCUCUAUCAUUCUGAUCCGAUUGGAAUGGUGGAAUGCAUACCCAGUCUCAUCAAUGCUAUUAGAAUGAUCCAUAGCAUCUCUCGCUACUACAACACCUCUGCUCGCAUGACAUCCCUCUUCAUCAAGGUAACUAACCAAAUGGUGACCGCAUGCAAGAACUACAUCACUGACUAUGGUAUGUCACGCAUAUGGGAUCAGUCCUACAAGACAUUGAUAGACAAACUACAAGUCUCUGUCAAGCUCUACAAGGAAUACCAGAUCUGUUUCCACAAGGCCAAGAAGAAGAUUGAAGCGAUUCCAGAGGAGAAACCUUUUGACUUCUCAGAGAUGUACAUCUUUGGCAAGUUUGACGCCUUCUGCAAGCGCAUAGACAAGAUCAUCCAGAUGCUGACCACCAUAGAAACCUACUCUGUGCUGACCACAUCCCGCAUUGAAGGCAUUGAGCCCAUGUGCACCAAGUUUCAGACCAUCUUUGCCAUUGUGAAGAAGAAGCCCUAUGACAUCCUGGACCACCGCAAGAUAGACUUUGAUACAGACUUUGAGGACUUCAAGAGCUCUAUUUAUGAUCUUGAGUACAUGCUGCAAAGCUUCCUAGACACAUCCUUUGAGAGAAUCCCAACAGCUGCCCAAGCUCUUAGACUUCUUGGAAGAUUUCAACGGUUGAACUUCCCUUGUCUGAACAUAGAUGAGAAGUACGGUGUUGUCUUGCAUCACUUUGGUUCAGAAAUUGAAGGAAUCAAGAAGUUGUACAACAAGCAGAAAGAUGACCCGCCCAUCCCUAGAGACAUGCCUCCUGUAGCUGGUAAGAUAUCCUGGGCCAGGCAGCUCUUUCGAAAGAUCGAGGAACCUAUGGAUAUUAUCAAGGAGGUUCCAUCAGCGAUGAAAGGUGUAGAGGCAAAGAAGAUUGUUCGCAACUACAAUCGUACUGCGACUGUCCUGAUGGAGUUUGAGAUCCGCUACCACAGGGCUUGGAUUGAGCAAAUAGAGGCUGUCAAAUCAGGAUUAAGGGCAACAUUAUUGAUCAGGCACCCGGAGACUGGUCAGUUGAUGGUCAACUUUGACCCACUGCUCUACCAGAUCAUCCGGGAAUCGGUCUGCAUGGUCAAGCUGGGAUUGGACGUGCCUGAGGCAGCUCUUGUCAUUGUCAUGGGCCAGGAUCAACUGAAGGACAAUGUCAACUCUCUGAAGGCUAUCCUUGAAGAGAAUGCAGCAGUGAGGGCCAACAUAAGCUCCAUUUUCCAGCAACUCAUGUCACCUCACACCAAGAAAGUGGACAUUGCGAUCCAGCCAGGACUGACCAUGCUUUCCUGGACCUCACUUAACCUUGAUGCCUACUUUAACAGCAUCAAGGAAACUCUGAGAAGCCUCUUUCUGCUGAUCAAACAAGUGAAUGACAUUCGAGAAUCUCGCAUUGAUUCUUGUCUGAAUACCAUUGCCAACACUUCCCUCGUUGAGUUGCCUUCUGCAGAACCAUGGACAGCAGAGGACUUUAUCUCUAAAACACAGUCUGCCUGUGAGCAGAGGGCACUAGUGUUGGACAAGGUCAGCAUGCGAGUGGAGGAGGCUGUCACAGAGCUGGUGGAGAUCUUCAUAGAACAAGCACACAGAUUAUCCUUCUCCUCUAAGACCGGCACCAAUGACCGAGACGAUACUGUGGAAGGAGGUGAAGACACUACUGAAGGUUCAGAGUCAGAGAUGAGCUUUGCUACAACAGAAAGCAUUGAGGAGGAACAGCUCCUGCAGGAGGAGUGCCAGGAGCUAGUGCUCCACUUCAACCAUCGCAUCCUGGAAGCAUUACUCAAGGCUACAAGGAAUGCCCUGGACUCCAUCAAGAAGAGAGUCUUUUUCUCCACACCCAUAGGAAGAGGAGGUUCCUAUGGAAGGAAAGCUACGAGGAGGACAAGGGAAGCAUUCUUCAAAGUCAGUGUGGCUCUGGCGAUUCCAAACGUGGUUCUGCAACCGAAUCUGGAGGAUAUCCAGCAAGCUCUGAACAAAGCUACAACUUGUGUGCUUGAGGUUAGCCGCGGUGUAGCCCAGUGGGGUCAGAGUAGAACUAGACCUAAUGAGCCAGCAGUCACAUUUGAGGAACCUGGCAAACACCGACAUGGAGCUCAUUCAGCCCCACAUGUGGAGGUCAUCCCGCCCCAGAAGCUGAAGAACUACUACAAAAGUAUCGCUGACCACAAAGACAUCCAGAAGCUGCAGAUGAUGCUGAGCAAUGCCAUUGGUCAAUCCAAGCCCAAGAUUCAAGAAGCUCUGGUCAUCUUCUCUGGCUAUCAAUACCUGUGGGAGGGAGACAGGGAGGAGAGCGUCAAGAAUUUCAUAAAGACGGAACCAAUCCUGUCUGAAUGGAAGCAAGAGAUUCUGAGUUAUCAGGAACUAGAAUCUCAGAUUGAGGAGAUCAGCCACACAAUAGAGGUUGGUGCCAUUCGACUCUACACAGAACCAAUACGCACGUCUCUCACGGUGGAAGCGUGUGCAUGGAAGUUGCUGCUUGGACGCAGCCUCAACAAGGAGUACUGUGCCAAGAUGGACGAGGUCAGUAACUUUGUGGGCGAUUACUCCAAGAGACUCGGUCGACCCAUCAAGGAUCUUGAUGAUGUCCGCCUUGCCAUGUCUGCCCUUGAAACCAUACGUCAGGAGGACAUCCGCAUUGACAUGACCUUGGGACCAAUAGAGGAAGCAUAUUCCAUGCUGCAGAAGUUCCAGGUUUCAGUGCCUAGGGAAGAGGCCAACAGAGUGGAUAGUCUCAGAUACUCCUUCCAGAAACUGAGCAGACAGGCUUCUUCUGCUCAAGCUAACCUGGUGAAGAUCCAGCCCACAUUCAAGGGAGAGCUUCUAAGUGCUGUUGAGACCUUCCAUGUCGACAAUUUCUCAUUUGAUGCAGACUAUGAAGAGAAUGGACCCAUGGAGCAAGGCAUCUCGCCCGGAGAAGCCAAUGUUAGACUACAAGUCUUUCAGACUAGAUUUGAUGACCUGUUGCGAAGAUACAACACCUAUUCGGCUGGAGAGCAGCUGUUUGGUCUCCCUGUGACUGAUUACCCAGCCCUGAUGAAGACCAAGAAAGAACUUAACCUCCUGCAGAAGCUCUAUGGCCUGUACAAUGAUGUCAUUGACAGGGUCAAUGGUUACUAUGAUAUCCUGUGGAGUGAAGUGGAUAUCGAUGCAAUCAACCAAGAGCUAAUUGAUUUCCAGAACAGAUGCCGCAAGCUUCCAAAGGGUCUCAAGGAGUGGCAGGCUUUUCUUGAACUCAAGAAGACCAUUGAUGACUUCAACGAGACUUGUCCUCUGCUGGAACUCAUGGCAAACAAGGCCAUGAAGGAUCGCCACUGGGAGCGCAUCACCAACGUCACCGGACACAAGUUUGAGAUUGACUCAGAUACCUUCUGUUUGCGUAACAUCAUGGAAGCCCCACUGCUGCGUAGCAAGGAGGAUAUUGAGGAUAUUUGCAUCUCAGCAGUCAAAGAGAAGGACAUUGAGGCUAAACUGGCUCAAGUUGUCAGUGAAUGGACCAACCAAGCUCUGUCCUUUUCAAACUUCAAGGCAAGAGGAGAGCUGCUUCUGAAGGGAGCCGAGACCUCAGAGAUUGUAGCACUGAUGGAGGACAGUCUUAUGGUCCUUGGAUCACUCCUCAGCAAUAGAUACAACGCACCUUUCAAGAAGAAAAUCCAAACUUGGGUACAGAAGCUUUCCAAUUCAUCUGACAUCAUAGAGAACUGGAUGACCACACAGAACCUGUGGGUCUACCUUGAAGCUGUAUUUGUUGGUGGAGACAUUGCCAAGCAGCUACCUCAGGAAGCCAAACGUUUCUCAAACAUUGACAAGUCUUGGGUGAAGAUCAUGAUACGAGCCCAUGAGAAUGACAAUGUGAUUACAUGCUGUGUUGGAGACGAGACCCUGGGGCAGCUUUUGCCCCAUCUCCUAGAACAGCUGGAGAUAUGUCAGAAGUCACUCACAGGCUACCUGGAGAAGAAAAGAUUGGUUUUUCCCAGAUUCUUCUUUGUGUCUGACCCAGCUCUGCUUGAAAUCCUUGGACAAGCCAGUGAUUCCCACACUAUUCAGGCUCAUCUCCUUGGAGUGUUUGAGAAUGUGAAUGAGGUGGAAUUCCACGCGAAGGACUAUGACCGCAUCAUGUCUUGUGUCUCCAGAGAGGGAGAAGUCAUCCCUCUUGACAAGCCUGUGAUUGCCAAGGGCAAUGUAGAGACCUGGUUGGGAGAGCUACUGGACACUCAGAUGAGAUCGCUUCAUGGUAUCAUCAAAGAUGCUUCCAGAGUCAUCAAUGACUCUAGCUUUGAGCUUCUCUCCUUCCUCAAUAACUACAUUGCUCAAGUCGGUCUACUCGGUAUCCAGAUGUUGUGGACCAGGGAUGCAGAGGAAGCCCUCAGCAUGGCCAGAGCCGACAAGAAGAUCAUGCCUGCCACCAAUAUCCACUUCCUGGAGCUUCUCAACUGCCUCAUUCAGCAAACCACUCAUGAUCUGACCAAGGUGGAAAGGAUCAAGUAUGAGACUCUUGUCACCAUCCAUGUCCAUCAAAGGGAUAUCUUCAAUGAUUUGGUGGCUAUGCACAUUCGUAAUGUGAAUGACUUUGAGUGGUUGAAGCAGGCUCGAUUCUACUUCAAAGAGGAUACAGACCAGUGCAUUGUGUCCAUCACCGAUGUUGACUUCAGCUAUCAGAAUGAGUUCUUGGGCUGUACAGACAGGCUUGUCAUCACUCCACUUACUGAUAGAUGUUACAUCACACUUGCCCAGGCCUUGGGUAUGAGCAUGGGUGGAGCACCCGCUGGUCCUGCAGGGACAGGCAAGACGGAGACCACCAAGGAUAUGGGCAAAGCUCUAGGCAAAUAUGUGGUUGUAUUCAACUGCUCUGAUCAGAUGGACUACAGAGGUCUAGGAAGAAUCUACAAAGGUCUUGCUCAGUCGGGCAGCUGGGGAUGUUUUGAUGAGUUCAAUCGUAUUGAGCUUCCUGUGCUGUCUGUGGCUGCACAACAGAUUGCCAUUGUUCUGACUGCCAAGAAAGAGAGAAAGAAGGAGUUUGUCUUUAUGGAUGGAGAUGUGGUAGACUUGAAUCCAGAGUUUGGUCUCUUUCUCACCAUGAACCCUGGAUAUGCUGGUCGUCAGGAGCUACCCGAGAACCUAAAGAUCCAGUUCAGAUCAGUGGCCAUGAUGGUACCUGACAGACAGAUCAUCAUGAGGGUCAAACUGGCCAGCUGUGGUUUCCAGGAGAAUGUCUUACUGGCUCAGAAAUUCUACACCCUCUACAAGCUUUGUGAAGAACAACUCACCAAGCAGGUUCACUAUGACUUUGGUCUGCGGAACAUUCUGUCAGUUCUGCGUACGUUGGGAGCCAACAAGAGAGCUAGACCAGAAGACAGCGAGUCAACCAUCGUCAUGAGGGUUCUCAGAGACAUGAAUCUAUCUAAAUUGGUGGAUGAAGAUGAGCCUCUGUUCCUGAGUUUGAUCAGCGAUCUGUUCCCUGGUAUCCAGCUAGAUAGUGCUACCUACGAGGAGCUCCAAGCAGCUUUAUCGGUUCAAGUCGAUGUGAUGAACCUGGUAAAUCACCCUGCCUGGAACCUCAAGGUGGUACAGCUCUACGAGACCCAGAGGGUACGGCAUGGUAUGAUGACCCUGGGCCCCAGCGGUGCGGGCAAGACCUGCUGUAUCAACCUGCUGAUGAAAGCCAUGGGGGACUGUGGGGCUCCUCACAGGGAGAUGAAAAUGAACCCUAAAGCCAUCACAGCUCCUCAGAUGUUUGGUAGGUUGGAUGUAGCCACCAACGACUGGACAGAUGGCAUCUUCUCGACGCUCUGGAGGAAGACGUUGAAGGCCAAGAAAGGUGAACACAUCUGGAUUGUGCUUGACGGACCAGUGGAUGCCAUCUGGAUUGAGAACCUCAACAGUGUGUUGGACGACAACAGGACAUUGACCCUGGCCAACGGUGAUCGUAUCCCCAUGUCACCCAACUGCAAGGUAGUUUUUGAAGUGCACAACAUUGACAACGCCUCUCCCGCCACUGUAUCAAGGAAUGGUAUGGUGUACAUGAGUAGUUCAGCACUGGACUGGAGACCAAUCCUUCAGAGCUGGUUGAACAAGCGUGCAGCAGGAGAGGCAUCCAUCUUACAUAACUUGUUCCACAAUUGCUUUGAUGACAUCUACAUGUAUGUGUCACACAACCUCUUGCCCAAGAUGGAGACUUUGGAGUGUAACUACAUCAAACAGGCUGUCGACCUGCUGGAAGGGCUGAUCCCUAAGAAAGAUGAGCAUGACCACUCCACCAUGCCUGCAGCUCACCUGGAGAAACUCUUCAUCUUUGCCGUCAUGUGGAGCCUUGGUGCACUGCUGGAGCUGGAAGACAGAGCAAGGAUGGAGGAGUUCAUGACACAACAUGAAAGCAAGAUGGAUCUUCCUCCCGUCACAGAAGAAAGCGGACACACCAUCUUUGAGUAUGUGGUGACUAAGGAUGGAACUUGGGAGCACUGGUCUAACCGAGUCCAGGAAUAUCUGUACCCAGAUGACUCUGUCCCUGAGUACUCUUCCAUCCUCGUACCCAAUGUUGACAAUGUCUGCACAAACUUCCUCAUGGAAGCAAUCGCCAAGCAGCACAAGGCUGUGCUUUUGAUUGGAGAACAAGGAACAGCUAAGACGGUCAUGAUCAAGGGCUAUAUGUCUAAUUACAAUCCUGAUGCACAUGUUAGUAAGAGCUUCAAUUUCUCCUCGGCCACAAUACCCAUGAUGUUCCAGCGUACCAUUGAAAGCUACGUGGACAAACGUAUGGGAAGCACUUAUGGACCACCAGCAGGAAGAAAGAUGACCGUCUUUGUUGAUGACAUCAACAUGCCGAUCAUCAAUGAAUGGGGAGACCAGGUGACUAAUGAGAUUGUGAGACAGAUGAUGGAGAUGCAUGGCAUGUACAGCUUGGAGAAACCAGGUGACUUCACCAACAUCGUUGACGUCCAAUUCAUCGGGGCAAUGAUCCAGCCUGGUGGGGGUCGUAAUGACAUCCCUCAGAGGCUCAAGAGACAGUUCUCCAUCUUCAAUUGCACUCUCCCUUCAAAUGCCUCUAUUGACAAGAUAUUUGGAAUCAUUGGCAGUGGGUAUUUCUGUCCUACUAGAUUUGGUGAGGAAGUCAUGGAGCUGAUUAAAGAGCUUGUGCCUGUCACUCGAGUUCUGUGGCAGCAAACCAAGGUCAAGAUGCUUCCUACUCCAGCCAAGUUCCACUACAUCUUCAACCUGCGUGAUCUGUCCCGUAUCUGGCAAGGUAUGCUGCACAUUGCCAGGGAGGAGUGCUCCGACCAGGCCACCGUGCUUGCUCUCUGGAAGCAUGAGUGUACCAGGGUCAUCGCUGACAGAUUCACUACCGAGGCAGACAAGAAAUGGUUUGAGAAUGCUACCUCUAGAGUCCUGAAUGAGCAGCUGGGCAAGAGCUAUGUGGACCAACUAGCCCAAGAACCCUACUUUGUGGACUUCUUAAGAGAUCCACCUGAACCAACGGGAGAAGAGGCAGAAGAUGCCAACCUGGAUGCUCCAAAAAUCAACGAACUUGUUCCUGACUUGGAGUUCCUUUCUGAUAAGCUGCAGCAGUACAUGUCCAUGUACAAUGAUGCAAUACGUGGAGCUCACAUGGACCUUGUCUUCUUCAAGGAUGCUAUGACUCAUCUUGUGAAGAUCUCUCGCAUCAUACGGACUGACAGAGGCAGUGCCCUGCUGGUAGGAGUUGGAGGUUCAGGCAAGCAGAGUCUCACCAGGUUGGCUACCUUCAUAGCAGGAUACAAGAUCUUCCAAAUCACUCUUACGAGGUCAUACAAUACUAGCAACUUGAUGGAUGACCUGAAGUACCUGUACCGCGUAGCUGGAGCAGAGGGUCAUGGUAUCACCUUCAUCUUCACUGACAAUGAGAUCAAGGACGAGGCUUUCCUAGAGUACCUCAACAACGUCCUGUCAUCUGGAGAGGUUUCCAACUUAUUUGCCAAAGAUGAACUUGAUGAGAUCACACAGGAAUUGAUCUCUGUCAUGAAGAAAGAGUUUCCCAGACGACCUCCAACCAAUGACAACUUGUAUGACUACUUCAUAUCCAGAGCAUGCAAGAACCUCCAUAUUGUUCUCUGCUUCUCUCCAGUUGGAGAGAAAUUUCGCAACCGCUCCCUCAAGUUCCCUGGGCUCAUCUCUGGCUGCACGAUGGACUGGUUCACUCGCUGGCCCAAAGAUGCCCUCAUUGCAGUGUCCAACCACUUUCUAUCCAAGUUUGAGAUCAUCUGCCCCACAGAGACCAAGUUUCAAGUGGUACAGACCAUGGGCGAGGUGCACGAUGGAGUGGCCACUACCUGCAUUGAGUACUUUGAAAGGUAUCGUCGUCAAGCCCAUGUAACUCCAAAGUCCUACUUGUCUUUCCUGGAUGGCUACAAGUCCAUAUAUCUUGAGAAAUAUUCUGAGAUCUCUGAGUUGGCUCAGCGUAUGAAUACUGGUCUGGACAAGCUGAUCGAGGCUAGUGAGUCUGUCGCAGAGCUGUCCAUCCAGCUGGUCGUCAAAGAGAAAGAACUGGAAAUAGCCUCCAAGAAGGCUGACCUGGUGUUAGCAGAAGUGACUGUCUCAGCUCAAGCAGCAGAGAAAGUGAAAGCCUCUGUUCAGGUCGUGAAGGACAAGGCCCAACAUAUUGUGACUUCGAUCGAAGCAGAGAAAUCUGUCGCCGAGGGCAAGCUAGAGGCUGCCCGACCCGCCCUGGAGGAAGCUGAGAAUGCCCUCAACACCAUCAAGCCCACCCACAUCUCAACCGUGAGGAAGCUAGCCAAACCUCCCCAUCUCAUCAUGCGCAUCAUGGAUUCAGUGCUCAUCCUCUUUCAGAAGAGAGUCGAUCCUCCUUCCCUUGAUCCAGAAAGACCCUGUCCCAAACCAUCUUGGGGUGAAUCUCUCAAGUUGAUGAGUGGAGGUGGGUUCUUGAAUGCUCUGCAAACCUUUGCUAAGGAUUCCAUCACAGGCGAGACAGUGGAGCUUCUCCACCCCUAUCUGAGCAUGGAAGACUACUCGUUUGCAAAUGCCAAGAAAGUCUGUGGAGAUGUUGCUGGGCUGUGCUCAUGGACAUGUGCAAUGGCAACGUUCUUUGGAAUCAACAAAGAAGUUUUGCCCUUAAAGGCCAAUCUCGCAGUCCAAGAAGCCAAGUUGAACAUUGCUACCAGAGAAUUGGAAAAAGCCCAAGGUCAGCUUGAUGAAAAGCAGAGGGAACUGGAUGAAGUCCAGGCAAAGUUUGAUGCAGCCAUGUUGGAAAAGCAGACGCUGUUGGCUGAUGCAGAGUCUUGUAGGCAUAAGAUGACGGCAGCAUCAGCGCUCAUCAAUGGCCUUGGAGGAGAGAAGAUUCGAUGGACUCAGCAGAGCAAAGAGUUUAAAUCCCAAAUCAACAGACUGGUAGGUGAUGUACUGCUUGCUACUGGUUUCCUCUCCUACUCGGGUCCAUUCAAUCAAGUCUUCCGUCUCAUGAUGAUGGACGAGUGGUCCAAGGAGCUUUCCAAGAGACGCAUUCCUUUCUCAGCAAACCUCAAUGUCACUAACAUGCUGGUGGAUGCACCUACUAUUGGAGAAUGGAAUCUUCAGGGUCUACCCAAUGAUGAGCUAUCUAUUCAGAAUGGUAUCAUUGUGACCAAGGCUACCCGCUACCCUCUAUUAAUUGAUCCGCAAGGUCAAGGGAAAGUCUGGAUUAAGAACAGAGAGAGUGACAAUGGGCUCCAGGUGACAUCGCUGAACCACAAGUAUUUCAGAACUCAUCUAGAAGAUGCCCUGUCCCUUGGGAGACCUCUCUACAUUGAAGAUGUUGGUGAAGAUUUGGAUCCUGCCCUCGAUAAUGUCCUUGAAAAGAACUUCAUCAAAUCUGGCAGCACGUUUAAGGUGAAAGUAGGAGACAAAGAGUGUGAUGUGAUGACUGGUUUCACACUCUACAUGACCACCAAGCUUGCUAACCCUACCUACACACCAGAGGUAUCAGCCAAAGCCUCUAUCAUUGACUUCACUGUAACCAUGAAGGGUCUAGAAGAUCAGCUACUUGGUAGAGUUAUCCAGACAGAAAAGCAGGAAUUGGAAUCAGAAAGAAUUGCUCUGAUGGAGGAUGUGACAGCCAACAAACGAAAGAUGAAGGAGCUUGAAGAUAAUCUCCUCUACAGACUUACAAGUACACAGGGUUCCCUGGUUGAAGAUGAGUCUCUCAUCACCGUGCUUGCUUCUACCAAAGUGACAUCCGAAGAAGUGACGGAGAAACUAGUGGUGGCAGCAGAUACUGAACUCAAGAUCAAUGAAGCAAGAGAAGAAUUCAGACCAGUGGCUAAUCGAGGUAGCAUCCUGUACUUCUUGAUCACUGAGAUGAGCAUGGUUAAUGUCAUGUACCAGACGUCCCUAAAGCAGUUCCUCGGUAUCUUUGAUCUCUCCAUGGCAAGAUCUGAGAAAUCGCCCAUACCAGCCAAGCGCAUUGCAAACAUCAUCAGCCAGCUAACGUAUGAAGUGUUCAGGUACUCCUGCAGGGGGCUCUAUGAGAACCACAAGUUCCUCUUUACUCUCCUCAUUGCCCUCAAGAUUGAUCAGCAACUGGGCAAUGUCAGAAUCAAAGAAUUUCAAACUCUGAUCAAAGGUGGUGCUGCUCUGGACUUGAAAGCCUGUCCACCCAAGCCAUCAAAGUGGAUCACAGAUGUCACCUGGCUUAACCUGGUAGAACUGAGCAAGCUACCUCAGUACUCAGAAAUACUUACACAGAUCCAGCGCAAUGAGAGAACCUGGAAGGUAUGGUUUGACAAAGACGCCCCAGAAGAGGAGAUUAUCCCUGAUGGAUACAACAGUUCAUUGGACACAUUCAGGAAACUUCUUCUCAUCAGAUCUUGGUGUACGGAUCGUACCAUCCCACAGGCAAGGAAGUACAUCGCCGACUCCAUGGGAAGCAGGUAUGCUGACCCGGUCAUCCUUGACCUUGAGAAGACAUGGGAAGAGAGCGAUGUCCAUACCCCUCUCAUCUGCUUCCUAUCCAUGGGAUCAGAUCCUACCAGUCAGAUUGAAGGACUAGGCAAGAAGCUGAAAGUUGCCUGCAGAUCUAUUUCCAUGGGACAAGGUCAAGAAGUGCAUGCAAGGAGACUCAUACACCAGUCCCAAGUGGGGGGUGGUUGGGUGAUGCUUCAGAACUGUCAUCUUGGUCUUGAGUUUAUGGACGAGCUGCUGGACACUGUGACUGGCUAUGAGAACCCCCAUGCAAGCUUCAGAGUGUGGAUCACUACAGAGGUUCAUCCUCAGUUUCCUAUCAGCUUACUCCAGGCUUCCAUCAAGUUCACCAAUGAGCCACCUCAAGGAAUGAAAGCAGGUCUGAAGAGAACCUUUGCAUCUAUCACGCAGGAUCAGCUUGAUGUCAUCAGCCUACCUCAUUGGAAACCUAUGCUCUAUGGUGUGGCCUUCCUGCAUACCUGUGUUCAGGAACGUCGUAAGUUCGGCCCUCUUGGUUGGAACAUCCCAUAUGAAUUCAACUCGGCGGAUCAAGCAGCUAGUGUACAGUUUGUACAGAACCAUCUUGAUGACAUCGAUCCCAAGAAGGGUGUAUCUUGGAACACUGUGAGGUACAUGCUUGGUGAAGUGCAGUAUGGUGGAAGGGUAACCGAUGACUAUGACAAGAGGCUUCUCAACACAUUUGCAAAGGUGUGGUUUGGAGAUCAUAUGUUCCAGGAAUCCUUCAAGUUCUAUACCGGUUACAUCAUUCCCAAGUGCAAGACGGUACAUGAUUUCCUGGAAGUUAUUGAGACCCUCCCACUCACUGACUCCCCAGAAGUGUUUGGGCUUCAUCCCAAUGCCGACAUCACCUAUCAGAGUAACACGGCUAAAGAAGUACUGGAUACCAUCCUCAACAUCCAGCCCAAGGAUACCGGUGGAGGAAGUGGAGAGACGAGGGAGAGCAUCGUCUACAAGCUAGCUCAGGACAUGCUGGAGAAACUACCCCCUGGAUACAUACCCCAUGAGGUCAAAGCUCGCCUAGUGAAGAUGGGAGCCCUGACUUCAAUGAACAUCUUCCUUCGUCAGGAGUUAGAUCGCAUGCAGCGUGUUAUCAGUCUUGUACGUACCACACUCACUGAUCUCAGACUGGCUAUAGAGGGCACCAUCAUCAUGAGUGAGAACUUACGAGAUGCUCUUGACAAUAUGUACGAUGCCCGUGUUCCGGCCCUGUGGAAGAAAGUAUCUUGGGAGUCGUCUACUCUGGGAUUCUGGUUUACAGAGCUCAUUGAAAGGAAUGGUCAGUUCUUUUCAUGGUGCUUUGAAGGUAGACCUUGCGUCUUCUGGAUGACUGGAUUCUUCAAUCCGCAAGGAUUCCUGACAGCCAUGCGGCAGGAAGUGACAAGGGCUCACAAGGGUUGGGCCUUGGAUUCUGUCACCUUGCACAAUGAUGUCACAAAGUCAUUCAAAGAAGAAAUUUGUGCACCCCCUAAUGAAGGAGUAUACGUCCAUGGUCUGUACCUCGACGGAGCCGGCUGGGACCGACGUGGUGCCAAGUUGACGGAACCCACUCCAAAGGUCCUCUUCACCCUCCUUCCAGUGAUCCACAUGUUUGCCAUCAACUCCACCGCCCCUAAAGAUCCUCGUCUCUACCAGUGUCCCGUCUACAAGAAACCCUGUCGUACAGAUCUCACUUUCAUCACCUUCGUUAUACUGAGGACCACUCCUUCACCGGACCACUGGACUCUGAGGGGCGUGGCUCUGCUCUGUGAUACCAAGUAGAUCUUCUCUAUUAAAGUCACAAGAUAAGUGGCUGUGGUGGCUUAGGAAAUGUUUGCUGGAGCUAUUCUGCGACAUUAGCUUGUUAGUUUUUAGAAAGUUCCAAAUCGAUUCAUUUGAUUUUGCUCUGAAUCAGUUAGAGAGCCUUUUGAAACAUGAAAAAAUAUAUAUGUAUAAAUGAAAUGAAUUAUAUAGGUUUUUAUCGUGUUUGUGUUGAGUUUUGCUCCAUGAGAAGUCGACGAUAGCAUCAUUAAUUUGUUCCAGAAGAAAUGUAGUAUUCUCUGCUGACAAAAAGUAAUGAAACUGCAACAUUUAUGGUGUGCCAUCAUUCUAAAUUGUCGCUCAGUUAGAGAGCUCUCUAAAAUAUGAACAAAUAUAUAUUCAUAAAUUAACUGAAUAGAUUUGUAUCGUGUUUGUGUUGAGUUUUGCUCCAUGAGAAGUCAAUGAUAGCAUCAAUAUUUUGGACCAGAAGAAAUUUAGUAUUUCUCUGCUGACAAAUAGUAAUGAAAUUGUGCAGCAUUUAUGGUUUGCCAUCAUUCUAACUCAUCAUUCUAUGGUGCAGAUUGUCUGUAAAUAAUUUAUUUCAGAUAAACGAAAUGAGCAACAAUCACAGUGUUCUGUUGAUCAAAAGGAUGUUUAUGAAUAUCAGAAUUUUUAUCUCACUCAUUCAAAGUUCACCAACUCAAGUUUCAUUAUUUUAGAUUUACUAUUUCAAGAUGCAUAUCUUCCUGUAGA